AGAUCGUUUAGAAAGCAAGAAUCAAGUUCAUCCAAAAAGGCGUAUACAAUUUCAAGUCCAGUGUUCUAUUCUUUAUAAAAGGAAAGAAGAUAAAAUAGUCCUUAAAAGGAAAUCACAGGAAAUGGCACAGCACGUAGCUCAAUAAGAGAUCACUGCAAAGUGUGUCCAAUUUGGUCUGUGCGGUUCAGCACCUCGUCCGGGAUGAGAGGCAUAUACUUUCGGAAAACGCACCAUUUUCACCACCAGAGAAACAAACACACACCUUGUGCACUUUAGGAAGGCCACGAGCCUGAGCAAAGUCCUUGCUGACCUGGCCCAACCCUUCGACGUACACGCCUGCCCGCCCCACCCCCCUCCACGCCUAGCCUACUCUCAAUUCGCUCAAGGGCGCAGAGACUGCUCGGGAGAGGCGGGGUGCUCCCACCAGAGCCGAGGAGACGGCGGACCGGACUGGGACGCAGGGACCCCAGCAAACUCGCUAACACCCCCACACACCAGCCGCGCGCACGCACCCUAUCGGCGGGAGGCGGAGGGCGGGGCUGGUCAAACCCAAAACAAACAACCUGCGCUCUUUGACUUUGAGGCGGCGCAGCCUCUAGGCCUUAACUCGGUACGCGCCACCAGAGAGCCUCAGCUACCUAAACCACCUGGUUCCACCCAUCCUUCUGCUGUCAGCGCCCAGGCCCCGCCUCUGCGGAGUCGCCCCAGGGUUAUAUUGGGCCGGGAGGAAGGUGGAGGCCAGACUUAGUGGCAGCCGGCCCGCGCGGAGAUGCCGCUUGGGACGCCAGGGACUGGAAGGCGGCUGCGCGAGCCACGGUCUCAGGGACUCGGCUCCGCCAGCGCUCUACGCUGAAGACACUGCACUUUACCCCAAGGGUGGCACGCACAACAGCCUGCAACAUUUCCGUGCCCAAAGUCUCCUGCAAAGGACCUUGAAAGUCCAGUGAAGAAAUCCUCCUGAUCUCUUGGACCAAGAGCAGAUGCGUACGUUUCUUCCAGCAGGAAACCCCAAGGCCCUUGUGCCUGGAAACCAGAAGUUGAAACCGCAUCCCUGCACACAUUCACCCCGAAGUCUCUUAUUCUCGAACUGAAGACAGCGCCCACCCAACUCCUCUCUGGCCCUCUUAGUUCACCCAAUAAGCACAACCCCUCCAAAGAAAAAUUCCAACGGAAGAGGACUCUUCUAUGGAAAAGUGACUGUCUCUCGCCAAGAGUGGGGAGAGCUCUCGUUAAAGGAAGUCGAGGACUCGUGGAGCGGGAAUCGCCACCACUGUCUUCCGAACCAGCCUUCCAAGACCCUCAGAGGAAAAGGGUAGGGUGCUGGGCAGGGACGGGGUGCGCGGGCAUGAAGCUGGAGGUGUUCAGCCCCCGCGGGGCCCACGGGGACAAGCCGGGUAGCGACCUGGAGGGCGCAGGCAGUAGCGACGCGCCCUCUCCGCUGUCUGCAGCCGGCGACGACUCGCUGGGUUCGGACGGGGACUGUGCGGCUAACAGCCCAGCUUCGGGCUGCGACAAUCGGAAUGCGAGAGGUGAGCCUUCGGUGGAAGAGAAGGGCCCCGCGGCAGCGAUGGCGGGGGUCGGGGAGGCGGGAGCGGCUGAGUCGGGGACCGAGAGCUCGAUGGUCAGUGAGGGUGGGCGCAGCAAGCCGUACACACGGCGGCCCAAGCCCCCAUACUCGUACAUCGCGCUCAUCGCCAUGGCCAUCCGGGACUCCGCGGGCGGGCGCCUGACUCUGGCUGAGAUCAACGAGUACCUCAUGUGCAAGUUCCCCUUCUUCCGCGGCAGCUACACGGGAUGGCGCAACUCGGUGCGCCACAAUCUGUCGCUCAACGACUGCUUCGUCAAGGUGCUGCGCGACCCCUCGCGGCCUUGGGGCAAGGAUAACUACUGGAUGCUCAACCCCAACAGCGAGUAUACUUUCGCCGACGGGGUCUUUCGCCGCCGCCGCAAACGCCUCAGCCACCGGGCCGCGGCUCCCGCACCAGGGCUGCGGCUGGAGGAGGCUGCUGCCCCAGCUCCAGCUCCCGCCGCCCUGGGCUCGCCCCAAGCGAGGUCCCCCGCCCUUCAGGAGGGGUGUGUCAGCCCCGUGGGGAAAUUCUCCAGCUCCUUUGCCAUAGACAACAUCCUCAGCAAGCCUUUCCGCAGCUGUCGCGAUGGAGACUCAUUCCCCCGAGUACAACUGCCGUGGGGCGCCACGCCCUGUCCUCCGAUGCCCGCAUAUUCCUCAUUCCUUCCUAGCACGCCCGGCGGGGCCUUACUGCCACUCUGCGGGUGUGGUGCGGCCGAGCCAGCGCCCCAUCUCCUGCUUGAGCCCUUCUCUGCCUCCGCCACUGCCAAGCCUUUCCGAGGUCCGGCUACCGGCGGCCACGCAGCGCACCUGUACUGCCCCCUGAGGCUGCCCGCAGCCCUGCAGGCAGCCUCGGCCCGGUACCCAGGGGAGACGCUCCAGGCCUGAACAGCGCGCCCAAGCCCCACCUGGGUGCGCGCUGUCGAGGAGGACGUUACUGCAGGUUCAGGGAUUUACACUUUCUGCCCAGAGAAAAGGAAACUUUAAAAGAAAAUUCUCCAUCAAACAUGCCUUAAAGCUAAAGGAUUUUUUUUGACAGAAGUGCUUUAACUUAGUCCAGAAUAUUUCCCUCCUCUUUUGUAGCUUGACAGAAGACCAAAGCAAUUUUUCAUAACUGUUAGCAGUUCUUUACCAAGCCUGUUCCGUAACUCCCUCCCAUCCCUUCACAGACUUUCCCUUUAUUCUUACUGCCCAGGCACCCCUUCACCCUACUAUUUUUGUCACACUUUCCAUUGAUUUGUUACUAACAAAAAACGGGAAAGAAGCACAUCAGGGAACUAUUCCAUAUGAUAAAUGAUAUGACUACUGUUUGGGGUUUAUUGGACCCCUGUUCCAUGAGUAACGUAUGUGUAAUUUACAGGUAUGACUGAAUGUGAGAGAGGUGUCACAGAUCUUAAACCAUUUCUCUGCUAUUAACCAAUGCUUCCCUGUGCCAAAAGAUUAUAUAUAUAUAUUUGGAUUUUGUAAUUAAAUUAUUUAUAUUUUUUGAAACCUGAAUUGAAAAUGUUGCAGGCAACGGGCUACAGCUUUAUUAAUGGUUUGGUGAUCUCUAACUGUGGCCUCCUUGGGCCAAGCAAUUUCUUUAAAGGAAAAGUUAACAUUAUGUAUGUGGGGUGCCAGGGCCACUGCCACGUGAAAGCAAGUGUGAUUUUUAUUUUUAAUACUUUAUUUGUAUCUGUGUACAUAGUCAUGUAUAAAUUUUAUGAAACCUAGGUAUAAUGUUUAUUUUAAAAUAAAACUCACAACUGACUUUUAA